AUGAAAAGAUUUGAGGUUCUCUUGCUUAUAUUCCUAUACAUACAAAUCACCAAUUUUAGUGUUAGUAGAGCAAACAAAGAAGUGCUUUGCAGUAAGACAGAGAGAGAAGCCCUUCUCAGCUUUAAGAAGGGACUUCAAGAUCCAACAAAUUGGCUCUCAUCUUGGAUUGGUGAAGACUGUUGUACAUGGAAAGGAGUUAGCUGCAACAACAGAACAGGACGUGUCGUCAAGCUCAACCUCCGACAGCCAUAUGAUGCUGCAAUAGAACAGGAAUUUUGGGACAGCCCAGAACAGUUUGAUUCUUAUAUGAAUUCCCUAUUGGGUGGAGAGAUAAGUCCUUCUUUACUUGAACUGAAGCAUCUGAAGUACCUAGACCUAAGUGUGAAAAACUUCAAUGGUAUCAGCAUUCCUGAGUUCCUUGGUUCCCUCAAGAGCUUGAGAUAUCUUAACCUUUCUAAUGCUGGUUUUGGUGGAAUGGUUCCUCAACAGUUGGGGAAUCUAUCAAGUCUGCGUUUUCUUGACCUCAGUACCGAUUCUAUGUUUUCAUUAUAUAGUUUUGGUACUAGAUUACAUGCUGAUAGUUUGCAAUGGCUUUCUAAUCUUUCUUUCUUGCAGUACCUUGGCAUGAGUCAAGUUAACCUUAGACAUGCAACUGAUUACCUGCAGGUAUUGAAUAUGAUUCCUUCAUUAACAGAGUUAUUCUUAUCGGCUUGUGAACUUAAUCCACCUCCUGUUCUUCCUGCUCAACUUGUUAAUUUUACAUCACUCACUGUCAUUGACUUUUCGAAUAACAAUUUCAGUUCAUCAGUUCCUGAGUGGUUGUUUAGUAUCAAAGGCCUUGUUUCUCUUAAUUUGCGAUACACUGCUUUUCAUGGUCCAAUACCAGGUGGUCUUCAGAACAUGACUUCUCUAAGGGUCCUAGACCUCUCUUCUAACAAUUUUGAUUCCACCAUUCCUGAUUGGUUAUAUAAUUUGAGUAGCCUUGUAACCCUUGAAAUCUCUAGUAGCAAUUUGAGAGGUUCAAUUAUGAGUGCAGUUGGUAACCUGACUUCACUCACAAAGAUCGAUCUUUGGGGCAAUGAGCUUGAAGGUGAGAUACCAACAACAGUGGAAAAUCUUUGCAAGUUGCAGGAAUUAUUUUUGUCCUCAAACCACUUUUCAGGUCAUCUGCCUGAUCAACUGGGGCAGCUUAAGAGUCUAACUAGUCUUUAUCUUCAGUACAACUCGUUUUCUGGUCCAAUUCCCCAAUCUGUGGGAAGAUUAUCAUCACUGAGAAUAUUAGAUCUUACUGGUAAUCGAUUGAAUGGAUCUAUGCCAGAAAGUUUUGGACAUCUUUCGCAGCUUGAGGAAUUGUUGAUCUCCCAUAAUUCAUUGGAAGGUGAGGCAUCUGAGGUUCACUUUGCCAAUCUCACUAGACUAAAAUCAUUCUAUGCAUCUUCAAACUCAUUGGUUUUGAGAGUCAGCUCUACUUGGAUUCCUCCUUUUCAACUCAAACAUUUACAUAUGGGAUCAUGGCAUGUAGGACCUCAAUUCCCAGCAUGGCUUCAAACUCAAAGGAACAUGUCUUCCCUAGAGUUAUCUUAUACAGGAAUUUUUGAUGAAUUUCCCACUUGGUUUUGGAACUUAUCUUCACAAAUUUCAUAUUUAAAUCUCUCCAACAAUCAAAUACAUGGUGAACUCCCUAGAAGACUGAAACUUGAUUCUGUUUACUCAAUGAUAUUUUUGGGUUCCAACAGCCUUGAGGGUCCACUACCCCAUUUCUCUUCCAAUGUUUGGGAACUAGAUCUUUCCAACAAUUCCUUUUCUGGACCAAUUUCCCAUUUUCUAUGUCAAGAGAUGGAUGGACAAAGCAAGCUGGAAAUUCUCGAUCUCUCAGACAAUCUCUUAUCUGGGGAUAUCCCUGAUUGUUGGAUGAAUUGGCAAUCACUGCAAGUAAUAAAGUUGGGGAACAAUAAUUUUACUCGAAAGGUUCCAAGUUCUUUGGGUUCACUAUUGGCACUUCAAUCUCUGCAUUUGCGCAACAAUCAUCUUUCUGGUAAAUUACCUUCAUCUUUGCAAAAUUGUUCGGACUUACAAGUCAUUGACCUUGGUAAGAACGAGUUUUUUGGAAGCAUACCGACAUGGUUGGGGAAAAACUUACCACAGUUAAUAGUUUUGGUCUUACAUUCAAACAAUUUUGGUGGUAGCAUUCCGCCAGAACUUUGUGAUCUAUCAUCACUUCAAAUCCUGGAUCUUGCUCAUAAUAACCUUUCAGGAACCAUACCUCAAUGCUUCAACAAUUUCAGUGCUAUGGCCGCCUAG